GUGAUUAUCAUUGCAUUUGCUCGACAGUCGCCGCGAACGCAGCAGCGCCGUCUUCCUCUCGUCCUCCUCUGUCCUACCACCCAUUUGCUUUUACGCCGCGUCAAGUCCUCUUCGCACAUUCUUCUUUGCUUCCCACACGCGACCCGCUCGCGUGCGAGAAAGCUGCCAGCCACCGAGGACAAACCCGUCGUCGUCACGUACCUGCCCGGAUCCCAGUCGCAGCAAUGGACUUCCAGCUCUCCCAGCGCCACCACAUGCUCUCUCACCAAAGACCACAAACAUCCUUCAAGCCGAAGCAGCUGUCCCAAUGCAGGUCCGGCCAGCCCAGGACCGUGUGGGACCUGGUGCGCCUCUGGCACUACCGCUUCGAGCUCACCUUCGGCUUGUACGUCAUGGACACGGGCGAAAAGACCGUCUUCUAUGCCGUGAUCAUGCUGCUGCUCGCCGCCGUCGUCUGGGCCAUCACGUGGACCAGCAGCUUGAUGCUCUCUGGGAUCGAGGCCGCCGUUGGGACGCGAUGGAGACAAUUGGCCGGCAAGGCGGUUGCGACGCAGGUGCAGGCAUGGGCCGAGCUGAAGAUGGACAACGACAUGGGGAGCCGGCUGGGCAGCGUCGCGAGGAAUGGCACAAGGCGCACGCUGUGACGGGGCAGGAGAUGGAAAGAGAGGCCGCACGCACUGAAACGCUUUCCCUGGGCUGCUCGCAUGGACAUGUCUGGUGUUUUUCUCGUUAUUUUUUUUUUUUUUU